CCUUCCAUGCGACACCGUACCACAAUGAGUUGAUGUCUACGCUUAUGCAGAGACACUCCCAAGGUGACCUAUGUGUACUUGGUGGACGGGGUGUGGGAAAGAGCGCCCUGAUUGAAGAGCUGGCACGUCGAUUGCACUAUCGCGUGGAUGUGCUGUUCAUGUACAACGAUAUGACCGCCAGAGAUUUGUUGCAGCAUAGGGCGACUAAUAGUAUCGGAGAUACG